AUGGACGAGGUGCCCCUGCUGGGCGGGAUGUCCAGCCCCGAAGAUGAGAUGGGGCCGGACCUGUUCGGCGCAGACGGUCGGUUUGUUUCGGAAAACGCGGGCCUGAAAGCGCCGGCGGCGGUGAAGGCGGAGGAGGAGGAGUUCCACGUGUUCAAGGACCCCUACCUGAGCCCCGCGGGCCCCAAGGAGCCCCUGCUGCACGCCUUCAACCCGCCGCUGAGCGCCGACUUCGGCAGCAAGGUCAAGGUGGAGCUGCUGGUGGAUGACCGCGAGGAGGAGAUCCUGGGCCAGUUCCCCGGUCUCGCCGAGCUCGACCCCCUGGAGGACGCGGUGCUCCCCGCGGCCCCGCCGCCCCCGCCCAUUUACAACGUCCACCUCCUGUCCUCCCUGCUGACCCCGCACCGCAGCCCCGCCCUCGUGCCCCUGGGCGCCUGGGCCCUGGACGGAGCCGCCCACGCCGGCGUCCGGGUGAUCCCAGUGGAAGUGAAGGAAGGAGGUGGCGUUGUGCCGAGAGAGGGCGUGGAGGAGGCCGCUCUGCAGAACCCUCCGUCCCAGGAGCCCUGCAAGUUCCCGUCCUCGCAAGACGCUGAGGACACCCUGGGCGGCUCUCAGAAGGACGCGAACACCAUGGUGCUCUGCCAGUUGAAGGGGGGCACGCAGAUGCUGUGCACAGACACCCCGAGCGCGCGAGAACUGAAAGCUCUCCACCUGGUUCCUCAGUAUCAAGACCAAAACAAUUCUCUGCAGCCAGAUGUCCCUAAGCCAGUGACUGCUUUAGUAGGAAGAUUUUUGCCAGUGCCAGCAAAAGUGAAUCUCAUUACACAACUGGACCACGGAGCCCAGCCGGCCGCUGCCUCGGGGCCUGCUCUGCCCUCGGGACCAGCCCUCCCUGGAGCGCCCAGGCUAACGCUGGCUGGGUACUGCGACUGCUUUGCCGGCGGCGGGGACUUCUGCAGCAACUGCAGCUGCGAGGCCUGCUGCAGCGCCUUCCGCCACGGGCUCGAGCGCUUCAAGGCCCUUCAGGCCAAAAUCAUGUGCUCCUCUCUCUGCAAAUGUAUUGGCUGCAAAAACUAUGAAGAAAGCCCCCAACAAAAACCGCUAAUGGCCGUGCCAAGCCACGCGGAAGCUGGCAGUUUGGAGGGCAGCCAUCACGUGUCAGCGCUCCCCAAACUCAGGAAGGAGAGGCGGUCCUCGUGCAUCUCCUGGGAGGUGGUGGAAGCCGCGUGCGCCUGUCUGCUGGCUCAGGGCGAGGAGGCGGAGAAGGGGCACUGCUCGGAGUGCCUGGCCCAGCAGAUGGUCCUGGAGGAGUUCGGGAGGUGCCUGUCCCAGAUCCUCCUCAUCGAGUUCAAAUCCAAAGGGUUGAAGAUGGAGUAG